AUGGCAUGCAUGGACAUGCAUAACUCCAUAAAUGGUGCAGCUAGGAUCUCAUUCUCUAAUGAAUUCGUUGAAAUCAGAUCGGAAAAGAAUAGCACUAAGAGCAACAACGUCAACACUAGAAGCUCUUUCUCCAAAAUCCCUGAUGAUUUUGAGUUCUCUGUCACCGAUUACUCCAUGAUUCCCGCUGAUGAGAUCUUCCUCAAAGGAAAGAUAUUACCGUUCAAGGAGACCAGUCAUGUUCGUAGGACCUUAAGAGAAGAGCUUCUUGUCGAUGAAGAGGGUCCUGUCUAUGGCAACAUCUUUUCCAUCAGGCCACAAUUUUUGCCUUCUUCGUCCAUUUCCUCACAGGGUACGUGGAAGGAGCUAUUUGGGCUCAAGAGAGCCCAUGCUAGAUCUAAGACGACCGAUAAAAUUGAUGACAAAACAAUCUCAGGAAAUGCUGCGACGAGGGAGUGUUAA